AUAACAAGCAGUAGCAGGAGUAGCAGGAAUGUAGUGGGAGUAAAUCACGUAUUAACACCUGUUAGUCAAUCCUAAAGAAUGCAGGAAAGUUCCAUCGCGGACAGCAUUUCCGCCCCGGAAGCCCGGUUCGAGUGCCCAAUUUGCUUAAAUUGGCUGAGAGAUCCCGUGUUAACAUCCUGCGGGCAUCGGUUUUGUAGGAGAUGUAUUCAACCUUGGUUAGAGAGAGAUAAUCCCACUUGUCCCGUUGAUAACAUGAAACUUCAAAAAGAUCACGACAUCUUCCCCGAUAAUUUUACAAGAAGAGAAAUAUCGCAGCAUAGAACAAAGUGUCCAAAUAUCGUGAGGGGUUGUUAUGAAGAAUUAUCUCCAUUAGACGUCGAAGCUCAUUUAAUAAUUUGCAAAUUUAAUCCGCCCCAAUUACCAGAUAACGAAAAAUUAAGAUGUUUAUUUGUUGAUUGCGGGUGUGAGGAGAAAUUUGAGGAUGAACCCGAACGCCAAAAACAUUUAGAAAAAGAUAUGCAAAGACAUUUAACGUUGAUGUCUCAAACAUUAAGUAAAGUGGUUAUUAAUAAUACAUCAUCAACUUCAGCUUCUGCAAUAGCACAACAAGCGAAUUUUUGGGAUCCACAACCCAAAGGCGAACAAAACUCAAAUUUUACCUCAAACGAAUCUAUUGAUGCUUUAUUAAAAUCUUUGUACGAAAAGAUUGUUAUUUUAGAACAAAAAAGCCGCGAACAAGACAUUAUCAUUUCAAACAUGUCCAAUCAAAUCGCCGCGACGAAUUUGGCGAUGUCUAAAAUUGCAUUGAGGCACUGCAACGGGUGCUAUUUAUGGUUUAUUAAUGAUAUAAAAAAUAAGAUUAAUACAAUGAGGAAUAAUACUUACACGAUGUUUUAUAGCCCAGGUUUUUAUUCUUCCCCCAAUGGAUAUAAGCUUUGUGUUCGUUUUAAUUUAUCAACAAGAAAUAAUAGUUAUAUAGCCGUUUUAGUUCAUAUGAUGAAAACGGAACAUGAUAACGCAUUAGAUUGGCCGUUUAGUGGAAGAAUCAGCGUUUCGAUUGUACAUCCAAACGACCCAAAUAAAAAUAUAAAAGAAACGAUGAUGACCCGGCCUGAAUUAGAAGCGUUUCGACAACCCGUCCAAGAAUUAAACACAAAAGGCUUUGGUUACACCGAAUUUGCUUCAUUAGAAGACAUCAUAGAGCAAGGAUUUAUAGACGCAAAUCAAUUAAUUAUUAAAGUUCAAGUACAACCUGUGUAAGGUGUAAAUAUUUAUUAAAUUAAGGAUUAAAUAAAAAAAAUCUUUUCAUUUGUAAAUUAAA